UCUUUGGCACACACAAAAGAUAUUUUCUUCAUUUCCAAAAUGGCCUCAAAAUUGCUUAGAGUUGAGCUCCAAAAAAAGGCAACACUUCUUCUUUUCAUUUGCUUGCUAAUGAGCUUCUUCUUCUUCUAUGCACAAGCAAGGAAUUGUCAUAGAGUGUGGAGUUGCAAAGGGGACAUUAGGUGUUGGGAAGAUUGUAAGAAUCAACACAAUGGAAAGGGACUUUGUGAUUUGUACACUGCACCUUCGGUUCCUAAACAAUGCUUUUGUGCCUAUAAAUGUUAAACAUUUGAUCUUUUGUAUUUACUUUCUUGGCCUAAAGAGGAGUCCACUUAAUAAACACUACUAUUUAUGUUCUUA